AUGGUGCACUACUACGUCCACAAGUCUAAAAAGACCUCGCAGUGGGUGGAAAUUGACAAACGACUUGGUAUUUUACGAGCCUCCUCAGUUGAUUUUCAACAGCACCACGCACAGCUCGUCUUGGAUAAGGAUAACGAGCUUUUCUCUCACCUCAAGAAUUUCGGUGAAAUUCCGAAGGAGGACUUUACUGUUCCUGGCCUUCACGAUGUCCGAGCUUCAAUGAUGGCUCGUGGAACCCCUGCCAACGAAUAG